UGGGAGGAAGGAAGGUAGAGUAGGCGUGUUCUUUGUGAUCCGUGCUCAUAAAGCCUGGUCUCAUCUGCUGAGGCUAGUGGAGUGGAUUUCUGUGUUGAUGAGAGAGACAGCGGAGAGAUGAUCCGACUGAACACCCCCCUGACACACACACCGCUCUGCUUCUCAACUACGGAUACUAACUGCAUCUGAGGGUCACACACAACCGGACAGCCAAGAGUUCAUCAGAUCGGUUCAGACAGAAACCCACCAGGAGCCGCCAGAGUGUGUUCAGUCUGCAUGUCAUAAGGAGUGUGUGAUGCUGGUAGGGUCUGUCUAUGUCUGUGAUGCUGGUAGGGUCUGUCUAUGUGUGUGAUGCUGGUAGGGUCUGUCAAUGUGUGUGAUGCUGGUAGGGUCUGUCUAUGUCUGUGAUGCUGGUAAGGUCUGUCUAUGUGUGUGAUGCUGGUAGGGUCUGUCUAUGUGUGUGAUGCUGGUAGGGUCUGUCUAUGUGUGUGAUGCUGGUAGGGUCUGUCUAUGUGUGGGUGAUGUUGGUAAGGUCUGUCCAUGUGUGGGUGAUGAUGGUAGGGUCUGUCGAUGUGUGUGAUGCUGGUAGGGUCUGUCCAUGUGUGUGAUGCUGGUAGGGUCUGUCUAUGUGUGUGAUGCUGGUAGGGUCUGUCUAUGUGUGGGUGAUGCUGGUAGGGUCUGUCCAUGUGUGUGAUGCUGGUAGGGUCUGUCCAUGUGUGUGCAGAUGAGUGUAAAGCUGGCUCCUGGGUUGGAGUAUAGCAUUGUUUGGACAGGGGCCUUGGGUCUUUCUGGCUACCCAGGGGAGGGAACACUGGCCUGGGCAUCCACAGGCCUCGCUACCCCCUGUCACCGCCCUGGCCCUGGAGGACUCCUUUGAGCAAGCCCAGCUGUUGGGAGCGUACAAUGGCUACUGGGCUUCCCUGUGGAUUGAAGUGGCUUUCUGUACAUGUGCUCCGAGAUCUGGCUGAUUUGUUCUGCGGCUCGCACUGGACCCACCUGGAGAACAUUGCUUUGGCCCUCCAAAGCUGUACUUACAGCUCUACUAAGGUUGUCGAAUCGCUCCAAACAGGAAGAAACUCUGAGGUUUGUCCAGUAUGUUGAAAAUAGUGGACUAAGAGCCUACAACGGGCUGGUCUCCCAGAACCUGGAUGUUGAAGAUAGUGGACUAAGAGCCUACAACGGGCUGGUCUCCCAGAACCUGGAUGUUGAAGAUAGUGGACUAGGAACCUACAGCGGGCUGGUCUCUCAGAACCUGGACCACGGCAGGAAUGAGAGGAACAGGAUUUACCUACAGGAGAAACAGGACAAGAAGAGAAAACAGGAAGAAGGACGGGCGAAGAGGUGGUGACCGAGGAGAAGCACCUGCAUAUGGGCUCCAUGACCAUGCCAGCCCCCCCGCAGCUUGCUUGCGAGCCGGGCUUUGCCGUGUGCUCCCAGUCACUACACUCGGUGGGCAGUAACGGUGGUGGGGAGGAGGAGGUGGGCAGCCCUACCUCCCGUAAGCAGCCCCCACCCAAACCCAGGAGGGACCCGGCUACCAAGCUGAGCAUUUCCUCUGAGACAGUGGAACACAGCCCCACCUUGGUCUGCAGGGGCUGCAGGGCCAAUCCGGAUGCGCCACAAGGCUGCGGAGAAGACUGCAAGAGGAUCCCUCCGCCCAAACCCAGGAGGAACCCCAAAACCCAGCUGAGCACCUCCUUCGAUGAUUCCUGCAUCCGGAAGCACAUUGGCUCCAAGAGUCACUCCCCCUCUGCCGAGUGCGAGCGCAACCCCUCUCCGCCGAGCGACGAGAGUCCCAGCCACCACUCCGACUCUGAUGAGCCUGUCUACAUCGAGAUGGGCGCCAGUGUUGGGGGCGGCAGGCACAUUGUGGCGCCCAAGAGCGAGGACGAGGAGCCGGGAGAGUCUGUGUACGAGGAGAUGAAGUACCCUCUCCUGGAUGAUAUGGACUACUGCUGGGACCCCCCGGGAUGCCGCUCCGCCUGCCCCCCCCCGGCGCUCCUGGACCCAGAGCCUCUCCACCGCUGCUCCACCCCGCGUAACAUCCCCCUAUGCGACAUCCCUGCGCCGUUUCCCAACUUGCUCACCCACCGGCCGCCCCUCCUGGUGUUCCCCCCUGCGCCGGCCCAGUGCUCGCCAAACUCGGACGAGUCCCCGCUCACCCCUCUGGAUCCACUGACGAAGCUGCCCAUGAUGGACAACCCCUGCGCCUACAACAAGUCGCCCACCUCCUCUUCUGAGCCCCCCUUGGCGCACCUUCGCAGGGAGCUGACAGCCACGCCCACCCUGACAGUGUCGGGUCGCUCGUCGGCUCCGCCCCUGCCCUGCACCCUCUACAAGUCCUCAGCCUCCUCAGCCCACAGUUAUCAGCGCAGCCAAUCAGCCUGCCCCUCCCCCGUCAGCAUGGGCCGCUGCCUCACGCCGCUUAGCCUGAUGCGCACACCGCCCUUCGACGCCCCUCCCAGCGCCUCCACCACACCCCAUGGAAAGGGCUCGCCCCCACAGGACUGCAUAGCUGGGGGCAGGCUGCAUGGGUCGAUGCAGAACGUAUCCACGGGACGCUCACGCACACCGACCAGCCCCCUGGAUGAGCUGACCAACCUGUUCACCGCCGGCCGGAACAUGAUGAAGAAGAACACCGGUGGGAGAAAGUCCAAGGAGCCCGGGGAGACCGAAUCCAAGAGUAAGUCUCACAGCGUGUCAAAACGUGAUGGCAAGGAGCGGCACAGUCACAAGGAGUCCAAACGGGAGAGUAAGGAUCGUAGCAAAGAGUAUUCAUCUCACCUACGCAACACCAAGGACAGGAGUUGUAGCAGCGUGGAGCCGCUGCCCAGGCGAUAUAGCAAAGACCGGGUUUGUAACAGUGUGGAACCCUUGCCUAUGAAACGGGACAGCAGAGACAGGGGUUGUAACAGUGUGGAGCCCUUGCCUAUGAAACGGGACAGCAGAGACCGGGGUUGUAACAGUGUGGAGCCCUUGCCUAUGAAACGGGACAGCAGAGACCGGGGUUGUAACAGUGUGGAGCCCUUGCCUAUGAAAAUGGACAGUAAAGGCAGGGGUUGUAAAAGUGUGGAACUCCCGCCUGUCAGACGGGACAGUAAAGACAGAAGUGUCCACGGCAUGGAGCCGUUACUACAACUGGACAGGAAAGACUCUCCCCGGAAUGGUGUGGAGUCCAGACACGACAGCAAAGACUCUCCCCGAAAUGGUGUGGAGUCCAGACACGACAGCAAAGACUCUCCCGGAAUGGUGUGGAGUCCAGACACGACAGCAAAGACUCUCCCCAGAAUGGUGUGGAGUCCAGACACGACAGCAAAGACUCUCCCCGGAAUGGUGUGGAGUCCAGACACGACAGCAAAGACUCUCCCCGGAAUGGUGUGGAGUCCAGACACGAAAUGCUGGAAUGGUGUGGAUUCCAGACACGACAGCAAAGACUCUCCCUGGAAUGGUGUGGAGUCCAGACACGACAGCAAAGACUCUCCCCGGAAUUGUGUGGAGUCCAGACACGACAGCAAAGACUCUCCCCGGAGUGGUGUGGAGUCCAGACCAGACAGCAAAGAAAGGCUCAGCCACCAGAACCCACCGGAACUUCUACCCAGGCAAGAUAGCAAAGACCAAAACAGGAACGGAAUUGAUUUGAGACAUGACAGCAAAGUACGAAUGGGUCAGCCACCAGAGCUCCUACCAAGGCAAGAUAGCAAAGACCGAACCAGGAAUGGAAUGGAUUCGAGACAUGAAAGCAAAGAACAAAUGAACCAGCCACCAGAGCUUCUACCCAGGGAAGAUAGCAAAGACCAAGUCAGGAACGGAAUGGAUUCGAGACACGACAGCAAAGAACGAAUGGAGCAGCCACCAGAGCUCCUACCCAGACAAAAAAGCAAAGAUUCACCCAGAAAUGGCAUUGAGUGCAGACGUAAUGGCGAAGACAGAGACAGGGAAAGCUACAGCCUAGAGUCUAGACAUGAGGGCAAAGAACAAAGUUACAAUGGAAUGGAGCCCUUCCCCUUACCACGACAGGAAAUCAAAGAGUCAGACAGAAACGGCCUUGAAGCCAGGCGUGACAGCAAGGACAGAAGCUGCAAUGGCUCAGAGCUGCUCCCCCGGCACGAUAGCUACGGUAAGAGUGCCAAUAUGGUAGAUCUUAGGUGCGUCAAUAAAGACCGGGUUGGUCAUAGCUCAGAGGUCUUGCCCAGGCGUGAUGUCAGAGAUAGGGGGACCUAUAGCGUUGAGCAAUCAAAAGCGCAAGAGAAGAACGGUCAAUCAUCGACUGCCACACCAACUCGACAUGGGAGACCUGCUGGCAGUCCGCCAAUGGUGUUUGGAAGUGGCACUACAGAGCUGAAACCAGCACUUACGAAGUAUGGCCACUCCUCCUCUGCCCCAGUUACACCCUCUCCCUUAGGGACCCCACAGAGGCAAGCAUCAGAGGCACAGAUGCCCUGGAAGUGUGGGGACAGCACCAUGCUGGAGCAGAUCGAGAGGAAACGCUCCCUGUGCAUGGAGAUCCGCUCCAGGCCGCAGCCAGACAGGAACACCCAGGACAGGAACCUCUGUAAGCAGGACAGCAUGCCUACCCUCCCCAUCUGGGGGAAGAGCAACGGGGCCAAAAAGAUCCGGCCUCCCCCCUACCCAACACAAACCACCGUGUUCUGGGACACAGCCAUCUGACAAUAACCCGCUUGGCCUCACGCCCAUCCUCCUUCUGAACUCUGUGCCUUCUGAUUGGCCCUCUCCACAUCAGAGGUGUCAGGGGCAGCCAAUAAGAGCAGGGGGGGGGGGGAAUCGCUGAUGUCAAAGGACAAUGGUGGUUACCAUAGCAACAUUUCUGGUUGUUCAGGUUGUCAUUUUUUCUUAUCACCAGUGAUAUUUGAUAUUUUUCUAUUUCGUGUGACUUUGUAUGAAUAGAUAUUUUCUAAACAAAAAGCUAUGAAGCAGCAAAAAACUAUGUAGUUGUGGAUCAAUCCGAUGUAGUUUUAAAAAAAAUGUUUUUUGUUUUGGUAUUUAACAUUUUAAAGCAUAGUCUAUCAAGCAUAAUUCUUUAUGCCAAGUGCUCAAUUAAUUUCCAAUGCUAGACAUACUCUUUUGAAUGUAGGAUAUUCUGACAGUCAACACGCUGUCACUGUUGAGGAGUUCAGUUGACAUACAAUACAAUACCUGUCAAAAGUUUGGACAC